AUGGGUGCAUCCGACUCUAAACUCUCCUUCAAGCAGGGCAUCUUCCGCCUGUCGGAGCCCAAGCAGAUUCCUCCAGACGAUAUCUACUGGACCAGCUUCUGGGAGCUGCCAGAGUCGACUGAGGAUGUCUUCUCGCUCUUUUCCCCCGCAGAUAUCCGCCGUACGCGCGACAACAACCUAGCCAAUCUAGAGACGCUCAUUCUCGCUGUCACUUCACGCCUCAUUGUCCUCCGCAACCACCCUUCCUUCCCCGACCCCGAGCUUGCACCCGAGCGUGAUGCCCUCAAUUGCAUACGAGUCCUCACGCGACUUCUCCCUUUUCUGUAUGAGGCCGAUCACCUAGAGACGUGGGAGGACCAGUUCUUCUGGGCUGCGCGGCGGAAGCGCAGCCGGCGGGGCCAGCUGGUGCGAAGCGAAGUUAUCUUUGACGAAGCCGAUCCAGAGCAGACGCCCACGGAGAAGGAGCCCGAGUUCGAGAAUGCGAAACCGCUCGCAGAGGAGAUUAUCGACACCCUCAUUGAUCUGCUCUUCUUCUCAGAGUUUAGCCUUCCCAAGGUCUCGGCUGGCAAGAACAAGGUCACGUAUGCGAUAUGGCAGAGCGGCGUCGGCUGCAACACGCCCAUCGCCUCGACCAAGGAGUUUGAGAGCAACAGGACCGAGAUCUUGCGCCUCUUGCUAACACUGGCAAGCAAGUCCAUGUACAUGUCUGCGGGUAUCCUGCCAGUAAAGGGUGUCAAGGCCAUCACGUACAUUGCGACAUGUCCGGACAAGCAGGUCGUCCUAUCCGUUCUCUGCUCACUCCUAAACACAACACUCAAGUAUAACCCUGCGACAUGGCGCGUUCCAUACGAUCACGUCGUAUUCAAAGACCAGCGACAGGUCCUGGUCACAUACUGUCUGCAACUACUCCUAGUUCUCAUUUUGUACCCAAUACCCGAGUCUGGCAAUGGUCCAGCGCCAAAGAACUUCUUCCGCCAUUUCCUUGGUCGUCUGCAUCGCCCCCAGGACUUUCAAUUCCUAGUUGAUGGCAUGACUAGAAUACUGAAUCAGCCGCUCCAAGCCAACACCUCUUACCUACCCGGCAGCCACAAGUCACUGACCUGGGCACCUGAGAUGAUCAUGCUCUUCUGGGAGGCAUUGCAGUGCAACAAGCGCUUUCGCUCGUUCAUCAUUGAUACCGACAGAGCCCACGAUUUUGUUGUGCUAGUACUCUACUAUGCCAUUGAUCAGCGCAACGACCCGUCUAAGCAAGGUCUUGUGCGCAUGUGCAUCUUUGUACUUCAAACCUUGAGUGUUGAGCCGCAGUUUGGCAAGAGCCUCAACAAGACGUUCGAGGGCCAAGAGUCACUUCCAGCUAGCAUACGCAUACCCAACUUCCAUGGCACAUAUGCCGACUAUGUCAUCACGUCUAUCUACACACUACUCACUACCGGCAAAGGCAGGUUAGAUGCGAUAUAUCCGGCCUUACUUGCGAUUCUGAACAACAUCGCGGCUUACGUCCAGAAUCUCGGGCGUGCCUCAAGCUCCAAGCUACUACAGCUCUUUGCUUCCAUGUCGUCCCCCAGUUUCUUGUUUGCGAAUGAGAACAACCACACACUUCUUCAUUCGCUAUUGGAGGUUCUAAAUGCCAUCCUGGAACAUCAAUAUCAGCACAAUCCGAACCUUGUGUAUGCUAUUGUGCGAUCGCAGAAGAGGUUUCAAGCAUUAAGAGAUUUCACACUUGAAAGCGGCCAAGAGGAGCUCGAGCGUCAAAAUCAACAGCGUAAGGAGGGCUCCGAUGACAUCUCGCGCACCGCUUCCAUCGACAGUCUGAGAAGCCCCACGGUAGCCCGCACACCCACCCUCGGCAACGUCCCAGAAGAAGAUAGCGCCUUUGCCAUCGGUGAUGACGAUGAUUCGGAUGCAGAGGAAACACGCCCAUUAGAAGCUCAAAGAUCACCGAUACAGUCACCCUCAAGUGCCUCUAGAAGCGCAUCCAUAGCAUCAUCUGUGGACGACUCGGUGCCCCUUCAACUAAGGGGUAUGUCAGAAAAGGCAAGAGGAAAGAUGCCGGUGGGCCAGCCUGCCUUCUCUCGCCAGAACAGCAUGACCAGUCUGCACAGCCUAGCCGGUCCAGCGCUGGCCACCAAUGACUUCUUCACUCCCUCCGUACCCUGGCUCGAAGGAUGGCUCUCUGAACUCCCACUCCAUACUAUCCUGAUGUUGAUCUCACAGCUUGGUCCCAAGAUCCCUCAAACAGGUAACUCACAAGAGACCGCCGAGGCACUAAACAUCAUCCGCGAAACAGAGGUUCGUGGUAUCGAGCCCUCGCCCAUCAGAGUCCAUCUCUUCGAGUGGUCGCCAUUGUCGCUCGGUUGGUAUGAGUCGCUCCUUUGGGGCUUUGUGUUUGCCGCCGAGAUGCUUGUUGCGAAGGGUACAGCGGGUGUCUGGAACAACACUAGCAUACGGUUGUUCAAGGUUCAAGAAACUUCGGCCGCAGCGCCUUCACUCUUGCAGCCGAGAGGUGCGGUAGAUGCGGUAGGAAGCAACCUCGUACAGCGGAUUGGAUCUCUCAACAUCCGGGGCGCGGUCGCGCAGGCUUCCCAAGCUGCACAGCGCUCGCCGUCGAGUACGGGCAGUGGAGGGCAGCAGGGCACUGUGAGAGAUGUGUAA